GCUUCACUACUGCACCUGCACCGUACCUUCUGCACUCGUAAUGAGACGAACGUGCAAUUGCAAUGGAGGAAUAAAGAGAAAGGGGAAAUGAGAGUGCGAAGAGAGUUCUGCCUACGAACAAACCUCCUAUUUUUCUAUCUAUUUAUCUGCCUCUAUCUUCCUCCAUCUCCUUUAUAUUAUAUUUUUUCUCUCUUCUUUCUCCAGAUCGAGCGAGACAGAAGAAAAUGCGCGUCCGAUUUCCUUGGAUUUUGCCGACACGUCGCGCGCUUGUAAUUUUUUUUUUUUUUUCAUUAAUAUCCAAUUUCUAAUUUAUUUAUUUCGGGUCGCCCAUCGUUUUUUCUUUUAUCGCCCGCGCUUUCGCUGUCAAGUUAAUUCUCCCAUUGUCUCCGCUCGCACCUGUACUCCACGAGCACGCGCAGAACGCAGCUGUGCACGCGCGCACCUAACCUUACCGAGACGCUCUCAGAGAACUGAUGCUUCAGAACCUCCAAACUUCGACGCGGUAGAGAAAGGGAGAUCCUGGAUUUCUCUUUCGUCGCGAAACUGAUAUUUUUACCGUCGUUAUCCUAAUUUAAUAAAAUUACGCGAUGGACAUUCCGAAUUUGAACGGGGAUAUUUUCAGGAACAUGUCAUUCAUAGAAAAUCGAUCGCCCGUCGAAACCAAGCAGCUGCAGUUUCUCAAAAUUUACGACGAGCGCAAUGCCCUUCUCGGAGGCACUAACAUGGUCGACAUCUACUGGAACGGCACUCUCUGGUACUACAAGGACAUCUCGGAUUUCUCGCGGGAGAAAGCCGUCGCGUGCCGGCGAAUGGACAGCGGAGUUUGCGACGUCGUUUACCUGAACAAGCACAGAUUCGUCAGCGUGGAAGACAGCGGAGCUGUGCAGAUCUACGAGAUGUCUCAAACAGAACAACAGUUUGAGCAUGUCGCGUACGCCUGCCAGCACGAGGACAGCAUCCUGUCGGUGUCCAUGUUUUCCAAUCACAGAAACAUCGUCACGGGCGGUAUGGAUUGCUGCUUAAAAGUCUGGGAUGUAGAGGACUUAAUCUCGACUUACUCAUACAGCUUUGCUCAUUCAGACAUCAUCACUGGCGUAGACGUGAAGCCUAUGUGCAAUUCUAUAUUUGUAUCCGCCUCUUUAGAUAAUGAAUCCCUGCUAUGGGACAUCAGACGAGCCAAACCUGCAAAUUGUAUCUUUAGAAGAGCUAAUUGUCCCUUAACGGCAGUAUCGUGGAACACCACUUCGAAUGAUCUCAUAGCGAUAGGUACAGCCGACGGCAACAUUGUACUAAUUGACAUUAGGCAAACGGAAACUCCGUUAUACGAGUACGCCGAAUGCGAUGGGAGAGGCGUGCACAAGUUGUUAUUCAAUCCAAAUCCAGAGAGGAAAGAACAAUUAGCGUGCUGUUUCGACAGCACGUCGGUAAAGGUAUUCGAUGCCUGUAGGGAAAUGCUGCAACUAUACGAGGACAAUAGUCAUAGCGAUUUUGUGCGUGGGCUCGCAUGGUACGAAGACGAUGUAUACUCGUGUUCAUGGGACGCAAAUGUGUUUAAGCAUGUAGUAAAUUGAAUAUAUAGUUUUCUAAGGACAGCUCAAGUUAGUAUAUUAAAAUUUUGUGAUAUUAAAAUGAUUUCUCACUUUAUACAUAAUAGAAUAUUCAAUUUAUUAAUUGAAAUAACACCUCAUUAUAUAAUGAACAUUCUCCUCGCCACGAGAGAUUGAAAAAUUUCAUUCGUUACGUGUCAACGACGAAAAUACUGAUCGCAACUCAGGGAUAAUUGGAUGGUGUUAAUUUAAGGUAAAGAUUCACAAGAAAUGCAUACGUUCAGUGUUCAGUUCGUAUCUUCACUGCCACAAUUAGCGGUGAUACAAGAUUGUGACGGAUCUCAGUGCGUUUAACACAUUGAAAAACAUUCCUCUUGCAUUUAUUUAAAACCUCUUGAUCAUUGCUUCAGACAUUUCUACAACAUAGUUACGAUACUCUCUGUGUUUACUCAAUAUAUUCUAUUUUAUUGCAGAAAAGAGAAAAAAAGUAUUCGAAUUAAAAAGUAUAUUAUCGCUACGUAUAUAACAGUAAUGUAAAGGAGUCAAGUGUAUAUCGAUACAGCAGAGAAAUUUCUGUGUAUCUUGUGGAUCUUUAAAAGAAUCGUAAUGCUCUUAACGUAUAAUUUAAACAAGUCUUUCUUUUCCUUUUCUGAUCCUACGGUGUGUACGGUAUAUCAAACAUCCAACGGCACUUUAUUUACAAAGUAAAGUCAAUGGAUAACGUAAUAACGUGUGAACAAAAUAUCACAAUUAAAAGCCAUCACAAAGCGUCUUAAAAAAGAAAAAAAAUUAGAAAAUCAUUUCCGGUAUCGGUUAAAGGUGAUAUAAAUUAAAGAUACGCUACAAUGUAAUAAUAUAAUAUAUGUAUAGUAAUUCUGAUAAAAUAAACAUCAGCGAGCUUGUUCUGUGGUGCAUAGAAUCUACAUAACGUACAUUCUCUGUACCACAGAAAAUUGCGAGUUACUUCCCCCGAACACACAGUAGAUAACAUUUCGUUUAUUGUAAAUAUAUUUUGAACAUUUAAAUUUUUUAUUUUUUGUUGUACUGCAAUUUGUAGGACUGAUUUUUUUUUGUAGGACAACUGUGCAUAAAUAAUUUUUUGUAAGUACAUUAAUAUAUCAAACUCGUUUAUGCAUACAACGUACAUGAAUAACGUGAAAUUCAUUUCGAAAAGAGACGGCAAGAAAGACAGUAAUGAAUUUACAGUAUCUUCCUUCACAUUAUUACUAUAAGUCCCCCGUAUUCGUAUUCUGAAUUCGCGUACGCGUGCCACUUUGAAAAGGUAUUGAAAAAUGGUAUUAUGCAAAUGAGCCUGACGUCAGUUUCAAUUGAAAAUACUCUGACUGAUAUGAGUCUUCCUUAUCUCGGUUUAUAACCACCGUCGUCGUGCCUGAUUAGAUUCUGCGAUUACAAAUUCUACAGCUACAUGAUCAUCCUUGCAUAUAAAAACUUGAAAAGAGUAGCGCGGUACAUGAGUUAAACAUGACUAAUGUUUUCGUCCAUUAGGAAAAAUGGAUGUGUGUCUAACAAUGAUUGAAUGUUAUAUCUAAACGCUGUUGAAUUGCACAUUGAAGAUUGUUUUUCCGUACCGGAUUUGGAAAAAAGUAUCAGGUCCUCAAAACAAUUUGUAUUUGUGGCACCGAAUUUGUUAACGAAUGCUCAUGUCGAUGAGAACACAUGUAAUGCCGAUGGGCUGCAUAGUCUCGUUUCGAGGACUACCUGUAUGCGCACUUUGUUCACCUGUAU